CGCUAGGGUUCCAUUCGGGAUUCAGCCAUUCCUAAAUCCCAAUUUACCAUUUGCCUCUUCCAGUCUUCCCUCUUCUGAGUCUUCUCUAACCUGUUCCCUCUUCGGCUCUUCCCUUCCCAAGUUCGCAGUUCGCAAGUCGCAACUUCGCCCGCAGCCGGCAGUCCUUGACUCCCUGUCCCAGUUCCCUUCCCACUUCGCAGUUUGCACACAGUCGGUGACGGCGAGUUUGAACCUCCUGUUCCAGAUUGGCAGAUCCAGUCUUCCCCUUCGGACUUCGGCUUCCACCUUCCCAACUUCGCAGCUCGCACUCUCGUAGACUCGCAGUACUCCUUCGGGCCUUCCGUCCUUCAGGUUGGGGCAUUGUGAUGGACAACAUUGUAGAUGCUCUAAACAAUGCAUAUCAGGAGUUUCUGGCUGCAGCAGCUGGUGUGCUUGAAGCCAGGGAGACACCUGGUGCCCAGAAAAUGGUGACGACUGAUGCAGCUCUAGAAAACUUCAAGCAGAGGUGGGAAUUGUUCAGAGUGGCUUGUGAUCAAGCUGAGGAGUUUGUAGAAUCUGUAAAACAGAGGAUAGGAUCUGAGUGCCUUGUGGAUGAGGCAACUGGCGCAAUGGCAGGAACAUCGGGGCAGGCUACCACAACAGGUCUUCCGCCCAUCAGUGCUGUGCGAUUGGAACAGAUGAGUAAGGCUGUUCGUUGGCUUGUGAUCGAGUUGCAGCAUGGUUCUGGAACUUCUGGUGUUUCAACACAUUCCCACCCGUCUGCCCCGUUUGAUGCUAGAUUCUCCGAAGAUGUAGCUCAAUAGGGUUUUUUAUUUUUAUAAUUGGAAAAUCACAGAUCAAUCAAGGUGAGAACAAAUGAGUACAGAUUCUGAUCUCUUUAUUGUUGUUGUUGGUAUUAUUAUGGACAUUUUUACUACAACACUUUGUAAAUAUUAAUUUUACAGUUGAUUUAAUUUUACAUGAUAAAAUUAUGUCAUGAGUUUCCCAGGGCGGAUAUGGUCAGCAUGACUGCCCGAGGACUACGGUUUAGCAUGGUGCUUAACUAGAUGGUGUACACCCUGAACAACAUUUCUAAAGGGUUUCCAUGCACCGAAGUUUUGUCAUUUGUCAUUGUAACUAAAAUACAUAAGCAGAGAAGGAACUCCUUGAAGACAAUAAGAUUUGUUAUUGCUAAAAACCAUUAGGUUGUGUUUGGAGAGGAACGAUUUAAUGUCUUGGAUUUAUAUUCGUAUGGAUUUAGAAGAUAUUCAUUGUAAUUAUGUCUUGUAUUUCAUCAAAUGAUGAUAAAUCAAAAUAUAAGGUUUGAAUUUUAAA